AUGGAUACAACGCAUGAUCGACGAACAAGCUUAUCAUGUGACGAGUGUCGUCGCCGGAAAUUGAAAUGUGACCGCGUCCGCCCUCAGUGUGGGACUUGUGCUUUGUCGGAAAGCGAAUGUGUCUUUCCUGGUGACAGUCGAAAACGCGGUCCCAAGAAGGGACAGUUGCAGGCAUUACGGGCACGAAUUAGGACGUUGGAGCAACAACUCGCCGCCAAAGAUGCAACCUGGAACAUGACUUACGAUUUCCAAGAUUCGACUGCGGCGGAGCCGGAUGAAUUUUCACAGUGUAUACAGCCCAAUGUCAAUGUAUUUGAGCCCGAGAGCAUGGAAACAUUGAUCUUUGGUAUCGCCUCAUCAACUUCCUGGCCAAAAAAUGGCAUGACGCCGUUAGAUCCGGCCUUGGGAGCCGAAUCACACGACUCUCAUAUAUCUUCCACGUUGAGCAGUCUGUCCCUAUCAGCUCUAGUACAGGCCGACUUGGAGCAGCUAUUCUUCGACCGAGUAUAUCAAUCAGCCCCGAUCAUUCACAAAGCUCGGUAUAUAACAUUGAUGGAACAAGAGGAUCCACUGCCCGCUUGCGUAUGCUUGCGCUUGGCGAUACGCACUUCCGCCGCAGCAUUCUCUGCUCGAUACCACGACAUUGGUGAGAGGCUAUACCUUGAGACGCUACAGAGCCUGGAAAGCCUAGAAAGCAACGAACACACUCUACCUUGGGGUGCCAAAAAUAUCCAGAUUGAGCACAUACAAUCCUGGUUACUGCUAGCCGUCUAUGAACAUAUGCGUAUGGAUAAAAGCCAGGCGUCAUCCGCGACAUCCCGCGCCUUGCGUCUGGUACAGAGAUGCCGUCUUGGCGAUCUCGACGCCUCCGAUUGUCUGAUUCAAGUUGGAAGCCACACUACAACUGCGACCGAAGAAGAUUUUGCAGUCAUGGAAGAGAAAAGAAGAACGUUCUGGCUAGCAUUUUGCUUCGAUCGUCUAUUGAACACACGGGACGAUUUGAACUGGGCGCUUCCCGAAGAAAUGGUGGGUUUUCAACAUGGGCAUUCUUUAUUUUCCCCAGGCCACUUCCAGGGGGCUUCGCUAAUGUACGACCUGCAGAUCCGCAUGCGUGUACCGGCCUCAGAGGCGAGCUUCCAACAUUCGCAAGACACGAACAUGCCACUUUUAUCCGAGGUCAUGGGUGAAGGUAACGAUGAUUCACUCUCACCUUUCGCUACAUGCGUGGCUUUGAUGGCCCUUUACGGUUGUUGUGCGACCCAUAGAAGACUGGUUUCAAUUGCCGGUGGCAGUGGCAAUGAGAGCACCAAGUUCUGGAUGAGGCACAAUUGGCUCAUGAGUGCUAUAGAGAAACAAAGGCGACUGCUCCAGGCUCCAGAGUCAACACCCAACAUUUUCGGAGAUGAUCCAAUGUUAGCAUUCACACAUUUUUUUGUCCCAACCCUAAUCCUUCACCUGGUUGAGACGGCUGAUCUUUGGCAAUGGCAUAGUGCAGAGCAAGAAGAGCUACGCUCGGUGUACAAACAGCAAGCAUAUAUAGCGGCCAAAGACCGGACGCGAGUGGCUGAGAGUCUGUUGUGCUUUAGUGGUUUCAAAGUCCAUCCAUUUUUGCCAACAGUUUUAGUCCGCUUUUUUGACUUCAGUGGGAAGAGGAGGAUUGAGAUGUCUGACCCAGACGCUACAAGUGAAAGCCGUCGUAAUAUAAGAGCAAUGACAAAGGUUCUGAGCCUUUUGAGAGAUAUCCACCGAUCGGCAAAAGAAAUCCCAGACGAUGUCCUUGAUGGACUGGAAACAACAUUGUUAUAA